AUGGCUUCCAUCUACAAUCUCAACCACCCCAACCAAACUUGGGAUCCCUCGACCACUGGUCUUGAGGAUCACCCUUUCUUUGCGCACAAAGGCCAUCACCACGGCCACCGCGCACACCAUGGUCCUCCUCCUCCCUACUGGGGUUUCGGAGGCCCAGGUCACCACCACCACGGACCCCCUCCUCCUUUUUGGGGAUGGGAAGGUCCUUCCGAGCACGAUCAUCACGGCCGUGGUCGUGGCCGUCACGGUCACAAGCACCGCCGCGGCGAAUGGAACCAGCCCGAGCAGGGCGAGGAAUCGGAGACACCCCGCGCAGAGCAGACCGCUGAGGCAAACGCCUCCACAGAGAAGGUCGCUGAGACCGACGAGAAAGAAGUAAGCUCAUCCUCCGAGUCUGAGUCCGACAGCGACCGCUGCUGCCGCAAAGACAAGCACAAGCACAAGGGCGGCAAGGGCCGUCACGGCAUGGCUCACGGAUUCGGCGGCAAAGGUGGACGAGGAUGCAAGGGUAAGGGUCCCCACGGAAAGGGACACAAGGGCAUGCAUGGCUUUGGCGGACCUUUCGGUGGUUGUGGUCAUCAUCAUGGUCCUCACGGAGGUCCUGGUGCUUUUGGAUUCCCUGGCCCUCACCCUCACCCACCCCACCCCUUCCACGCUCACCACGCUCACCACGCCCACCACGCCCACCACCACGCUCACCCCAUGUUCGGCUUUGGAGGUCCUUUCCGUGGAAAGGGUCAUCACAAGGGCGGUCGUCAUGGCCAUGGUAAGCGUCGCGGUGGUCCCGAUAAGGCAUUCAUGCGCCAACUCGCAGAGUACUUUGGAUUCCCCUUCGGCACCUCCAAUCAAGUCGACUUCGUUCCCAGUGCCGAUGUCUUCGAUACACCUGCCUCCUACAUUCUGCAGAUAUCUCUACCCGGUGCGAAGAAGAGUGAUCUGAACGUCGACUACGAUGCCGAGGAGUCUGUACUGCGUCUUACUGGAAUCGUUCACCGACCCGGUAUGAACGAGGAUUUGCACCAAGCUCUUGUUAUGGAAGAGCGAGCCCGUGAAGUUGGUGUUUUUGAGCGGGAGAUCCGUUUGGGAACACGAGAGACUCCGGCAUCUGUUUUAGUCGAUGGUAUUGUUGCCACACUUGAAGAUGGCAUUUUGACUGUUACCGUUCCGAAGAUUGAGGAACCUAAGGCGAAGCAGAAGGUUCUUGUUGAAGAUGGGGAAGCUUUCAAUGAGAAGGAUGCUAUGGUCGUGGAACGCAGUCGGACUUUGACUCCUGAGUCUGAAAGCGAGUCGGAGGAAGAAGCGAAAGAGUAUGUCAAGAUUCCUGUGCAGUAA